GAACUCACUGUUACAGCACUUGACAGGUUGCACUCAGCAUGCAGGAUCACAGUCUCUUCAACAGGCGGGCUGUUCUAGUCUGGUGGCUGGUAUUUUUGGUACUUGUCCAGCAGGUGACCUGCAGUCCUGUGCCACAAGUAGACACACCCUCAAACUCUGUACAAGAAGUUCAAAGGCUACUUAAGAGAACAGCUCGAAUGACCCCGUUAUGGAGGAUCAUGGGUACUAAACCUCAUGGAGCCUACUGCCAGAACAACUACGAGUGCUCUACGGGAAUGUGCAGGAGAGGCCACUGUUCCUAUAGCCAACCUAUUAAUUCCUAGAAACGGAGACUCCAUCUGUCCUCUGAUCUGAAGUGUUUGAGGCUGACCUGACUAUACACACCAUCAUGCAUGCACCUAAUAGAAUCAGAUGACAAGCAUUUGAUUCAGUGAGCAACGGGUCAACUGAAUGUGCAAUGCAGUUAAUCAUCAGUUAGACAUAUAAGGCUAGGGCUGACUUUUCUAAUGCCACAAAGGAGGCAAUAGGUUAUGUUCUGAAGCACUUCCCAGUACUUUGGAUCAUUUUGCUUAUCAUAAGGUACACAAAAAGUGGACUCUCAUAAGAGUGUAAAGAAAAAUCAACAUAAGCCUCAUAACCUUUGCAGUAUUGCCUUCUACUGGAAGCAUUCUUAGUGAAAUUUGGAGUCUCAAAUGGAGUGAAAAUGUUUUAUUGUAUGUAUCACACAGAUUUUAGGUGGUGUAAGGAAGGUAUGUUAUGCAGAAUGUCAAUUUGGGCCAGAUUAUAUCCAGUUCUUGACCCUUACCACUUAAAGCUCAUCUCAGGAUUAAACUUGGUCCAAGCCUGAAAAACUGGUCCAUUUGGAUCAUGUUAGUUUGAAGAUAUUUAUGCAAGUAGGCAACGUAAGGACACAGCAUGCAGUGCCUUAACUCAACCCAAAUGUUGUUAAGCCAAUGAGGGAAGGGAUAGAGAAGGUUGUCUAUUGAUUGUGCUUACAUAUUAUUAUCAUUUGCUUCCAUCCUUUGCCUUUAUCUCUAUGUAUGCUCACAUUUUUAGUAUUUAAUACAGCCUUUACCUGUGACUCCUUAGCCUGUGUUUCCGUCACUAUUUAUAUUGUUAUAUACCGAUACUAGUGUCUCAUUGAUAAGACAGCCACCUCAUCCAUUGAUCUAGGCAUGAAUUUUCAAUCAUACAUAUUUGACAACUAUUUAUUAUGUUCCUCUUUCAAUUUUCUAUGCCUCAACAGUUCAUUUCAAGCUCCUUUUUAUGUAUCCGACAGUGUGUAUGUCUUGUGUAUUACUGUACAGUAACACUCAAUUAUGUGCAUGUCUCAUGAUUGAAUAUUGGGGGUUUGAAAUAAAAAUGUAU